UUUUAUAUGUCUAAAAAAAAAAUCAAACUUUACGGGAUCGAUAUUGAAAGCGAUGAUGAUUAGGAGUAUGUACCAGAUGAAUAGGACAUUUCCGAGAAUAACAAAAACCUGAGUCAUCAUAAAACAUUCAACAUCGAUGAAAUCUAUUAGGAGAUGAAAAAAAUUGAUUUGUAUUAGCCUAAGGUUUGCACCAAGACUGCCUAAUAAAUUGUAAGAGAAGUACUCGAUGGUAUUGAAUAAAUAUAUUGAAAGAACAGAAUCGAGUGUAAGUGAAACGUGUCAAGUUUGCGGGAAAAUCAUUUUUAAUUAAUGAUAAAGGGGAAAUAUAAGAAGAAAACAUAGAACCUGUAUAAACCAAAUAAAUCAAAUAACCUAUCGGAAAUUGUAUUCCAUAACCUAUAAUUAGCAAUGUCUAUGAAAGAGUUGAGGGAGAGUUUCCGAUAUUACAGAGAAGUAAUCAAGAAAUUGACCAACAAAGCCAAGACUAUCAAUUCUGUGACUAAAUCUAAAUUAGAUUGGAAGCAAUAUACAACCAAGGAGAAGUUAGAAACAUAAAUGGAGCAAAAACGAAAGAGCGGAUAAGGUGUCCUUGAAAAAGCCAAGUUCAUCAAUAGAACUAAUGAGAGAGUUAAAUCGAUUAGACAUAAUAAAAUAAAAAAAUUAUGA